AUGUAUUCAAUAUUUAUAUUACUUUGUGCUUGUGUUGGAUGUAUUUUGUAUGCUAAAUAUAGCCAAUGUGAUCCUCUUCGAGCUAAACUUAUUUCUAAACCUGAUCAAUUGUAUCCUUUGUUUAUAAUUGAAACAUUGGGACGAUUUCCAGGUUUAACAGGUCUAUUUAUUGCUGGUAUAUUAAGUGCAUCGUUAAGUACAAUAUCAAGUGGAAUUAAUAGUAUAGCAACUGUUGUUCUUGAAGAUAUUUAUAAACGAAUAGCAGUUGAAAAUUCUAUGACAGAUAAAAAACAAGCUAUUAUUUCAAAGAUUUUAUCUCUUAUUAUUGGUCUUCUCAUUGUAUUUUUGGCAUUUAUUGCAUCUUAUUUAGGUGAUAAUAUUCUUGUAAUAGUUUUUCAAAUUGCUGGAUCAUUUGUUCCACCAAUUCUUGGCGUUUAUUUACUUGGAUUUUUUGCACCACGCGUUAAUAGUCGAAAAUCGUCGACAUUGGAGACAGAUGAUUUACAUGAACCGGAAAAAUCAAUUGUCGAACAACAGCAAAUGCUUUAA